AGGCUAUCUGUUUCAACCACAAGAGGUGAUGCAUCCAAAUCAAACUAGCUGGACCUCCCGCGCUCUCGGACAAUGCAGCAGGUCGGGUCUAAGCCUCCCAGACAAUCGGGAAUUAUUCAAGGUGAACCCCGGAUGCCAUUCCAAUUCCCCGUCACCUUCUUCAAACCUAAAAAUGCUGUCUCUUUAACAUUCUAUCUCCCCCUUAGACUCCGUAUCAGAAUAGCAUUCACAGUAAGGGUACCCAAUUACCCCUUGAGCCGGAAUCAGACCAUCGAAGCGAAGUGCCACAGCGAAUCUAGCCCCGCGGGUCUUAGUGCGGUUUGUGGUUUGUGGUUUGGUGGUUUGGUUGUGUGGUUGUGUGGUUUGUGGUGGUGGUGAUGGUGGUGGCGGUAGGUGGGUUGUCACCGACGGACAAGCCUCCUCUAAACUCUUUUCUCGCCCCAAAGAGCGAGUGAAGGUGGGCUCAAAAAGUAUGGUAGGUUGGCACGCCUCCUUCUCCUUCACCCGUAGGAGGGCUUAAAGACGAGAGACAGAGCGAGGGAAAAGUCUGGACGGGGUCUGCGGAAUCCUCAACCCAAACUCUGGCGGGAACGUAAACAUGGUUCCGCGUUGCUGUCUCGCUGUCUCUUUCCGAAACCUCAG